CUCGUCGGGGUGUUUGGCAGCGCUCCCUGAACUGCAACAACACGGACGACGGGCACGUGUACUGUGCCGCCAUGGGCGAGUCCACCGUCUCCUUGGACAGCACGCUCAGGUCAGGAAAGAGCCGCAGCAGCUACCGGGCUUACGCACUCUGGAGGGAGGAGUCGGGCCAGAAGCCCAGCGUCUCAUCCGGAACGGCCAAAGGGCACACCGAUCUCGACGGGCCUCUCUUCCACAGAAGUGGCUCCAAGGCAGAUGACUCCGACUCGGACAGCGAGCUGUCGUUGGACGAGAACAGCUCCUCCUACGCCUCGUCGCACUCGUCGGACAGCGAGGACGACGACAUGGACGUCAAGCCCAAGUGGAACAACGAGAGGCAGCCGGCUCACAGCACGCCUAAAGUAUCCAAUCACGUGACGCCGUACUGGCCGACGGACGCCGCCACGGCCAGCGACAGCGAGGAGCCCGGCGCUCCGGAGCGCCUGCGUGUGGAGACCAAAGUGAAUGUGGAGCUCCACCCGGAGAGCAAGAUCAACCACAUCGGGGACCGGGACAGGCUCGAGACUUCCCCUCAGGACCAAGACAAGCACGUGGCCGGAAACACUAAGGAGGCAAUGAUGCCCGCCGGUCAGACCAAUAGCAACCACCAGCCUGAACAGAGAAAAGGGAUCCUGAAGAACAAGAUCACCUACCCGCCCCCUCUGACCGACAAGAACAUGAAGAACCGUCUACGGGAGAAGCUGAGCGACUACAAUUCGCCCACCAUCACCUCGCCACCGCCAAACUACAACAUGGCCACCUCCCCGUCCCCGACGUCGGUCAACAUCAUGGCGCCGUCGUCCCGCCGGCCCUCGCUGGCCUCCAGCGACGGCGGUCGCCCCGGCAACAACGGGUCGCUGGUCAAACCGCCCUGGCGAUGCACUUGAAGUCGGCGACGGUCAACGGCACAGACUCAGAGGACAUCCAGACCAGCCCACCGUUAUGAGAGGAGGAGACCGGACCCCCGGGAGAGACCCACGAGUCCGGAGAUCAGUAUUAACCCAGUCGAAGGAAAGAAGGAAUGAUAAAGGGAACAAGAGGGAGGAGGAGGAUGGAACCCGGAGUGCCAAAUGCAUCAAAGGAAUAAAAAGGGGGGGGCGGGGAAGCAGAGACUCGAAAGUUGAAGACGCCCCCCUUGGAAUGUAUUGCAAGUGUGACUGGUAGGAAACACGUUGGUACAUUAGUCCCAUAGGAUUUCAAAGAAGGCAAAAAAAAAAGUGCUCCUUUUGUUUUACUUUUGAACUCGGAGAAAAGCUCUCAAAUUUGGUGAAAAGAUGGCGGAAAAGCAUCUACUUUUUUUUUUUUUUUGAAUCAAACUUGAACAAUCAGGAGAUGAGCAUUGAGGCCUCCCAAAUGCGUUUUAUGUUGAGAAGAAAGAGCACUAACGGAAGGAUGGAAACACUGAAGCACUAUAAAGCCGUUUUUCACAUUUAUCGUGAAGAUUCUCGAUGGAAUUCUCCAGUUGGAAGACCAGAAUCCACCUCGCAGCUACUCUUUAAGUUAUGUUUACCACUCACAAGGGUGCCUUCGUCUUGUUUCCGCCUGUGUGAUCAAUAUUGUUUAAUACGUGGUUAUUUUUGUAACGUUGGGACACUGGAAAUGUUUUGUAACAUAAUGUAUAUUUAUUUUUUACGGUUCUAAGACACUGGAGUUAAGUCUGACAAAUUAAAGAUGUUGACUUUGUA